AUGUGUGUGGAUUUUGGAAGGUAUGGAAUUAAAAACAUCCAUUAUGCUGUGGCUAUAAGACUGGACCAUGCAUACUGCGCAGAACCUACACCAAUGACCUUGGAGACAGCUUUGCCCUGGAGCAAAAUGCAGCAGAUGAAGAGUGCUCUCGACCACAGGAAUGGAAUAUAUGUCCCAAAGCCAAUAGGAGAUGUCGUUGCAGCUAGGCCAAGAUUUACCCGUAGUAAAGAGCACGCUGAAUGGCGCUUGCUGACUGGAGGCCAGAAUAGCCCCAUAGAAAGGAUCCUAUCCAAUAAAGACCAAAACAGUUGCCUGAUCUUCUUUAGCAAAUUAUCUCCUUGUGUAGAACGUUGCCUCAAUGAGAGCGACACAAGAAACAUUGUCCAGAUGGUCAACCCCCUUUUUAACAGAUACAGUGAGGAUUCCAGGGCUUUUGUUUUCGAGACUGUUUACAUGAAGGAUACAGUGAAAGAGCAUGAGGCUGUGGUGGGGGCUUGGGAACACAUCCAGGGUGCCCCCCUAUUCCGGUGCUACAGUAGCAACAGAGGCUGCAUUAAAUGUUUCGAUGACAAUCAGUCGGGUGGCAGAAACCCCUGCUUAGGCAAUGAGGCAGAGCCAAAAAGAUAGUGGGAGAGCAGUUGUGGCACCUGAUAUUUGCCACUUGGUCUCCUGGGCUAUAUAUUGCCCAAAUAAGCAAGGUACCUCCUCCAACUCCCGAGCACCCGCUUGUCAGCUGACUGGCGUCUCAGGCUAGAUUUCCCUUAGAAUCAAGUCUCUUCCCCAACGCUCACC